AGCCAGAGCGAGGCAACCCGUAGAGUUGGACAAAUGCGAGGGUGUUUAUUUCCGCUAUUGCCGUUUGCCUGUGAAUCGAGGCAGCGACAGAACUCGUCACUCUUUGUUAACGGAUAACAAUCUCAAAUACCGUCCUGGGUUAUUAUCUUGGGGUAGCUACAUGUCGCGACAGUGAGUGACGAGCGGGGGGACCCCGAAGCAGGUCGUUGUGUUGGUUCAGCCCCGGAGGACUCCCUCCCUGCAGCCGCAGUGAAAGAUGUGCGAUGGAAUGGUAGCGGCCGAAACGAGAGCCUCGGUCCCCGCCUCUCCUGCCGACAGACUGCUUCUCUCCCUGCUCUUCUUCCUGGCCGUCGUCUCCCCAGGACAGGCGUCAGAAUGCGUGAGGCCCCCCAGCGUUCAGCACAGCUGGGUGAACCUGACAGAGACCAACCGGGGCUCCUUCCCUCUGGGCACGCUGCUGCAGUACAGCUGUGACUCGGGCUACAUGCUGGACGGGCCCAGCACCAUCUCCUGCACCGCAUCAGGCCGCUGGUCCGCCGACCCGCCCCACUGCGUACGCACCAACGUCUGUCGGCCGCCCUUUGAGCCCGAGAACGGAGGGUACACCUGCCACCCGUCCCCCUGCCACCGGCUCACCCCGGGCACCGUGAUCGAGUACUUCUGCGACGAGGGCUACGUGCUCAAGGGGGACUACAAGUACCUCACCUGUCAGAAUGGGGAGUGGGACUCCCCCAUGCAGAUCAGCUGUGUCCUGGACACAGAGCGAGGAUGCGCGAGGCCCCCCAGCGUUCAGCACAGCUGGGUGAACCUGACAGAGACCAACCGGGGCUCCUUCCCUCUGGGCACGCUUCUGCAGUACAGCUGUGACUCGGGCUACAUGCUGGACGGGCCCAGCACCAUCUCCUGCACCGCAUCAGGCCGCUGGUCCGCCGACCCGCCCCACUGCGUACGCACCAACGUCUGUCGGCCGCCCUUUGAGCCCGAGAACGGAGGGUACACCUGCCACCCGUCCCCCUGCCACCGCCUCACCCAGGGCACCGUGAUCGAGUACUUCUGCGACGAGGGCUACGCGCUCAAGGGGGACUACAAGUACCUCACCUGUCAGAAUGGGGAGUGGGACUCCCCCAUGCAGAUCAGCUGCCACCCUGUCCAAGAGCGGGACCUGCCCUCGCCUUUGGGAAUGCCCACGCUGCCCAUCGUGGCCUCCACUGCCAGCUCGGUGGCCCUCAUCCUCCUCCUCGUAGUCCUCUUUGUGCUGCUGCAGCCCAAACUCAAGUCCUUCCAGACCAGCAGACGGGAGCAGGGCGUGCCCGGCCAGCCCGUGUCCAUCGUGGUGGAGGGCGUCCAGGUGUCCCUGCCCUCCUACGAGGAGGCGGUGUACGGCAGCGGGACCGCCGCCACCCCUGCCCCGCCCUCGGAGUCCCGCGUGCAGAUCGUGCUGUCGGAGGGGGCGCAGGGGGAGGGGACUCAGGCCCAGGCCGAGAGCAGUCUCCCCUCCACCUCCUCCGGUCAGUCCGAAAUGGUGCUGGUUCACCAGGUGCCCUCCUCUUCCUCCUGCUCCUCCUCCUCCUCCUCGUCCUGGGCCCCCGAGCAGGCUGGCGCCUCGGGCCCCCGCCCCCAAAGGCGGGAUUCGUACAGCGGCGACGAGCACUGCCUCCUGUCCCUGGCCUCUGUGGAAGACCUGGCUGAUGAUAUUCCCUUAUUAAAGGAAGCCUGAAGUCUUCUGCCGCCGCUGAAUCGCACUGGACCCUCCCUGCUGCUGCCUCCUCUGUCUUUGUUCUGAAAUAUUGGAAGCUAAGCUCUUCUCUUAACCCCCCCCUCCCAAAUCAAAGUAGCCACAAACACACAGAUGUCCCCCUUCACAGUUUCUGCAGUUUCCCCCCCCCCUUUAGAGGCGUUACAUGUGCAAGCAGCUCACUGAAGUACCAGACGUCGAGUGGCUUCACAUCAGACGUGUAUAUACAUGUAUGCGCACACUUAAUGAUUUUCUAUGUUUUCUUAUAGUGCGUCUCACACCCAACGGUGUGGGCACUUUUAACCUGCAUCAUGAACAAGACAAGAGCCCUUUAGAAAACUCAGCUCGCGGAGGUUCGUCCGAUACAUUGGCCACGGAGUUUUCAGAUCGUUAUUCCGCGACCAAUCAGAAAUUUUCUGGGUUUUUUUUUUCGAGCCGAGGCCGUUUCGCCAUCCGUGAAGUGAUCGUUUGAUUGAUAAUGCCUCGAUUUGCCAGGCGCUAUCCCCGGCGGCGCCAUCCAGCCACCUCUUGCUGCAUGUUCUGUGUAUUUUCACAGUGGAGCGCUCUGAACUCGCAGAGCUGUACGCUAUCAAAGAUGCAUGAAGGCCUGCAGCCCUCCAUGCCUACUGGAGGCGCUAGUCAUGCUAACGCGCCGCGGCGCACUGUCGCAGUGGGGAAUUCAGUGAUCAGUACGGAAGGCAUUUCUGUGGUAUUUGACUCAGCUUUUCCUAGGUUAGCGAUUGUGUCGUGCUGCCCAUUGUUCUGGUUGUUUUUCGGUGAAUAUAGUCUGCUCGUCUGUGUGUUUGUUAGUGGUGGCACCCCAUGCCUUUUCUGCAACGAAGAGCACUGUGUACGGCGUGGGCUUCAGGCUUGUAAAAUGCCCAAAACGGCUGAGAGCAGAAUCAUUUGGUGUGUUUAACUUGAACUGUAUACGCACCAUUAGUUUCAUGUGUCACACUUUGUUUUGUUUUGGUUUUUUUAAAUCGGUGAUGCUUGUCACUGUGUCAGGCUGCUGUCUGUCUCGAGCCAGAGAGAAAGGCAGUGCCUUAAGAGAGGCUGAGGGAACUCUGUACCCCCUCAUCUACAAAAAAAAAACAUAAACUGUGGCCCAAGUAUGGGGACUUUCUCAGUGGUGUUACUUCGUCAUCUUAAAUGGCUCAUCUUACAAGCCUGUUCACUAAGCAUGUCUAAGGUGUGUUCCUCCACUUAAUUUCCAGUUCGAUUAUUUGAAAACUUAACUGUGAGCUUGAUGUGCAUUCGUUCUUAAGAUAAAAUGUAAUUCGUCCUUGUUAAAAAAUUGAAGGUGAUUGAACGUCACCACGUCCUGAACAGGGCGAUGUCGUCUUGCGGCACUGUAACCAAGAGCGUUUAUACAGCCACUAAUGGAAACUGGAGUUUGUUGCAAGAAAGAUUAUCGGUUUUUGUUUUCCAUUUGCUGCACUUCUUGGAGGCAGAUGUCAGAAAGAAUGCACAUGCCUAAAAUAAUCCAUACUCUGCUUUCCCCCAGUAAUUUGUCAUUUUUGUCACACUUGUUUUUUUUAAAAAAGCUACUCCAGCUUCUUGGUUUCAAAUUUGCCGAGAAGGUAAGGAUGUCCAGGAGGGUAUUUAUUUGACCUCUUGCUGGCGCAGAACUCUGCUUCCUGUUGCAUGCCUGCUCAGACGGGGGCAAAGCAAAGGGCGCUUUGGCCGGAUGGUUCCAUUUCCCAUUAGUCAUUAAUCCUUUUAUGAGGCAGGCUUAAGAUAUUGCCUUAAGGUUUGCUUUUGCUUUGUUUAUUUUACGACAGUAUGAUGUGCACAAACACGUUUCUGAUGUCUGUAUUGUCUUACAGAGGACGAGAAGAGGAUGUAAUUCCACUGUCUCAGCAUCGCCUUACAUUUCUAUGCACAAGCAUGGUCUGUGGGAUAAAUAUUUUUAUUUUCAGUUUACCGUAUUACAUUACAUUUUUUGUGACGUCGGUAACAAGUCUCUUCAGAGAUUUUGAUUAAUCGCAUAAAGACGUUUUUUUAUUUUUUUGUUACGUUUUAAAAUAAUUAAAUCUUAAUUUACAGGAAAAUCACAGAAAGAAAAUCUGUUCGUUUUUCUGCUAUUGUGUCGACUAUUCUUGCGUCCAGAAUGCUGUUGUACGGCAGUGCUUCCUGCAGUUCUUUAAUAGGAGAGAACAGGGCUUUUUAAAACUGCUUUCUUUGAAUUAAAUUUUCUUUGCACCUUUGCGUGUCGAAAACAUGGUACUUUGAACUGCUAAAAUGGAUUGAAUGACAACAAUGGAACCAAAAGAAAUCGUGCAAGUCCUUAAAGAUUGUUUAUCAUUUAUUUUUCUGUUUUUGCUGUCCUUUGGAAAUCUGUACAUUGCAAUGGGUGUGAAGAUAGUAUUUUAAUAUUUGUAUAAAGUUUAAUUUAAUUGUACACUGUACAUAACUAUUUCUAAUUAAAGUUUUCUUUGGAAGUGUGCAA